CAUUAGGGAAUUUUUACUACACGAGCUGGUGAACCGGCCAACCACUCGAGUAAUGAAAACCUUUUCUCAGCAACAGAGGCAAAUUCAUCCAUUUGUUUGCAUAUCAAACCUAAUGUGUUCAUUUAUUUUAGCUUUUGCAUGCAUGGGUCUGGUUUAUUUAUAUUAUUGGUAACAGAAGAAAAAUCUUUUGUAUUCUUUGACCAAGUUGAGCAGAAUUUAUGACUGCAGCGGCUACUAAAAACAGCUUUCAAAAAUACGACUUAUGCACUCGGAAACAACAAAGAAAUUAAAGAUUUUUUGUCAUUUGAAGCCGAUGCAAGCUCUUUAACCAUGUAUACAUGCAAAUAAGCUACAAACGACUUUCAUAAUACCUACUAAAGAUUCCUUGAGUUUGGAAACAAAGGUUUUUAUCGUAAGACAAGGGACAUUUGAUGAAGCAGAAUUCAGGAAGCGUAGUUUUCAAACAAAACGUUUUAGAACUGAGUGUAAGAGUUAAAGAUCUUUAGAGUUUUGUUGCUGUUAAAAUAUACAAAACUAGUUCAUGUUUGGGGAUGCGUGUCGUUAUCUAAUCUUACAAUUGAAGACGUCUGUGAUUUGUUUUGCCGGCACAAAAAGAGUUUCAGAAAUGAAGAUAGUAUUUGUUUUAUUUCUGGCGUUUGGCUUAGUCAACAGCGAGUCUGGUCUUUUUACAGCUGAUGAAGAGAGUCCUGGGAAUGACGGCGGUCCUAUGCCUGAUGCUUACAUGGCGGUCAGGAUUAUCGAGGGACCAGAUGACAAAACUGUAGGAGACAUGACUAAACGAGCUGAUGUGCCCGUUAAGGAUCAACGAUGUCGUUGGAGCGUACACGAACUUCAUAACGAAGGCUCAAUCUUGCUUUGUCAAUGUCUGAAAUGCGUCUGUACGAAAACACGUUGGUUAUGUGACUAUCACUUCAAACAAUGUCCAUUCUUCCAUUGUGGGCAGAAAAUAUUCAGUCCAAUCACACAGAAAUGUUGCUGUGGUGAUAUUUACGCCAUCAAACAGAACUGGAGAUGUUGUGGUUACAGAUACUUUGACACAAAAGCUCAGAAAUGCUGCGCAUAUGGAACACUCUUGGGAAAGGACAAAACCUGCCCGCGUUCAAGCGUUUGAGUUUGCAGUAUUGAGUCGAAAGAAUGCAGAAUAUUAGAAGUUUGUUUGCAAAUGCAACUCGCAUCAUAUUAUUGGGAAAUCAAUGCAUUGAAUAGUUUAGAUAUUUCUUAUGAAAAAUACUAACAUAUACGAUCAUUUAGGGUCAGGCUGUUAAAGUUAA